GAAGCACGCCAGAGCCGUGAGAGAGAGGGUCCCGGAGGAGGACGCGCGCCGGGGACGUGACGUUUAGGCAGUCGCGAACAUGGCGUCUCGAUCGACGGGCGGAGGAACCAUCCUCGCCUCGGGAAUCAGAACGCGAGAGCGCAAAGAACGUAAGCUAUACAGUGAUGACUGGGCUCUUGGAGAUGAAGAGAUUGAGGGUCACCACACCUUCGACCUUGAACAAAAAAUUAAGACAGACAAAUUUGACUCGUGUUUUGUCAAAGACAUGACGGAUCACGAAUAUACCUUGGCUCAUGUCCAGAAGAAUGGAUUUAAUUGGCCCUUACUCUUCAAAGACAAAUCGAAGUUGGGCAUUACAAUACCCAGUUCGGACUUUACCAUAAAUGAUGUGCGACUGUGUGUAGGGUCACGGAGAAUGCUUGACGUGAUGGAUGUGAACACACAGAAGAAUGUGGAGAUGACAAUGAAGGACUGGCAGCGAUACUUUGACAGCCAGGACAAGGACAAGCUGCUGAAUGUGAUUUCCCUGGAGUUCUCCCAUACCAAGCUGGAGUCACUGGUUCAGGCCCCCACAGUGGUACGUCAAGUAGACUGGGUUGAGAGAGUUUGGCCUAGACACUUGAAGGAAGCACAGACAGAAGCCACCAAUGUCCUAGAGGACAUGAUGUAUCCAAAAGUCCAGAAGUAUUGCCUAAUGUCUGUCAGAGGAUGCUACACAGAUUUCCACAUUGACUUUGGGGGCACUUCAGUGUGGUACCAUGUCCUGAGGGGAAGAAAGAUCUUCUGGCUGAUACCACCUACAGAACGCAAUCUGCAACUGUAUGAGCAGUGGGUGUUGUCGGGCAAGCAGAGUGACAUUUUCUUUGGGGAUACAGUUGAGAAGUGUGCCCGAAUAGAGCUCAAGCAAGGCAGCACCUUUUUUAUUCCCACUGGUUGGAUUCAUGCAGUGUACACCCCAGAGGAUUCCUUAGUGUUUGGAGGGAACUUUUUACACAGUUUCGGCAUAGAGAAACAGCUGCGUGUUGCUCAGGUUGAAGAUGCUACACAUGUACCUCAGAAGUUCAGAUAUCCUUUCUUUACGGAGAUGCUUUGGUAUGUCCUAGAGCGCUAUGUCCAUGUUUUGCUUGGCCGCACACACCUCACCCUUCCUCCUGAUGAGCAGCAGAAAUAUGAGAGAUAUUUGGCUUCCAAGAAAAAGAACAAUAAUAAUAAUAAAGUCAAAGGGGAGGAUGAAGAGAGUGAUGGAGGAGAAGACGUGCCUGAGGAGCACAUCCAUCUCACUCAGUAUGAACUUCACGGCCUCAAAGCAAUUGUCAUGUACCUCCAUGCUCUCCCCACAAGCAAGAAGUGUGUGCCAGAGCUCAUCACAGACCCCAUAGCUUUAAUUCGAGAUGUCCGCACAGUUGUUGAAAAGCACAGAUAUGACAGCCCAGAGCUGUCAACAACAAGUCGGCCGGUGUUGGAGUGGUGGCCUCGGGCUGCAACCAAGAGGAGACGAAGGAAUUCCGACGAGAACAAAGUGGUCAGACUACCUCCCAAUGCUGCCAAAAUUAGACACAGAAGAGUGAGAUGUAAAUAUUGCGAGUCUUGUCUAAGAGAUGAUUGUAGACAGUGUGGAUUUUGCAUGGACAUGGUCAAGUAUGGUGGUCCGGGCACCAUGAAGCAAACAUGCAAAAUGAAGAAAUGCACCCAGCCGAUGCUCCCAGUGACUGCCGUCUGCUAUGAGUGUCAGCUUGAUGGAUGGGGACGAAUGAUAGCAACCCCACCUCAUAAACCUCCUCCAAAUGUGCCAAGUGGCCUGUUUGAAUGUUGCAUCUGCUACAAGAUUUCACAUCUCAAGUGUUUGUCAAACAAGAGGAUCUGCCCAACAGCUGGGAAUGUCCAGAAUGCGUUAAAGAAGGAUAUAAUAAGGAGUACAAACACAAUCGGGUUCCAAGCAGUCGAACCUCAACAGCAGGGAGUGACAAUAGGCAGCGCCGUAGAAGCCCUUGACGCCGCGCCGCCCCACAUGCCCACGUGGGAGCAGCUGCAAGCUCGAGUCUCGCGUCCUCUAGUCCGUCCUAUGUGGGUGGUGCGGCCCACGCCCCCUCUGCCCAGUGGCAGCGAUGGGGAGAGUCGGACUGCCGCGCGGGAGCCUCCGCCGCCGACCAUGAACCGAUCGGUGAUGCUGCCUGUCUUUCACCAUCUGUCAGUCCAGGACCUCAAAGUUGUGAUGCAGGUCUGCCGGGCUUGGGCGCAGUGGGCCAUCCACCCGGCGCUAUGGAAAGCCAUCAGUUUGUCGCACAAGAGAAUUCACGCCACGCACCUGGAGGGCGUCGUCCGGCGCCAGCCUCGAUCCCUGGACCUGAGCUGGGCCAAGAUUUCGGCAGAGCAGUUCUCUUGGCUGCUCGCUCGCCUUCCUCAGCUUCGCGAGCUCCACCUGGAAGGCCAGAAUUGGCAAGUGAUAUCAUGUCUCACUUCUCCCUACUGCCCAGCAUUAUCGGUGCUCAAUCUUUCCUACUGCGAAGGCUUGACUGACAAUUCGUUGACUGUGUUGUUGUCUGCGCCGCGCUCUCACCGGCCAGGACAUCGAGAUACGUCAACAAGACUGCGCCAGCUGACUGACUUCAGGCUGGCAGGGACUCAGGUUGGAGACGAAGGGGUUCGUGCCAUCGUGCGCUCUCUGCCGUUUCUGACAGCAUUAGAUCUCAGCAGCUGCCAGCGCAUAACAGAAUUAACGGCGGCUCUUCUGGCCCAACCUUCCAGCGUAGUGAGCCACUCGCUCUCUUCACUGGACCUGAGGGGAUGUCACCGCCUGGCCCCCACCUGUCUGCCCUCGCUGAAAUGUCUUCCCCUCCUCGCAAGGCUUGCCCUCCACCCGUGCUCGCGCAUUCCGCUCCCUGCGCUGAACGUCUGGGGUAAGUCACACGGCUAUGCCCUCACGAAUCAGGAUGUGUUGGUGCGGAAGCCACCCCCUCCGCCCGACCCCACGGCAGACCCCUCCUCGGACUCCGACUUGUCGUCUCUGUCCCGCUGCUCCUCGCCAGGGCCCGCGCAGGCAGUGCAGAAGGGAGAGGAGCUGCGGGUAGACGAAGAAAAGAGUAAAGGGCCUGUGGAGAGUCAGGCUUUGGGAGACAAAGCCAAGGACCAGAAAAGCGGUAAUAAGACCGAGGCACCUCCGGCGGAGAAAACAGCGAAAGUUCAAACAGAGAAGGAGCAAGGUGCGUGUAAUAAGGUGUUGACCGAAAUAAAGGCUGAAAGCUCUGAAAAGAAACCUGAUAGCAUCAGUACAAAGCAAAACCACAGGGACAAGACAGAGAGCGCUAGCAACCUCGAGAAAAAGCUUGAGGAAUCGGCGCCAAGCAAGAGUGAGCCCGUGACGCCGAAGUCGGGACCAGAAAGCUCGCCGAGCAGCAGUUUGCGAGUGUCAACAAGGAGACAGAGUCGCCUGCAGGAGGGAGAAGGCGAAAGUGGAAACCGAUCAUCCAAUACAGAACACACUGCCAAGAAGAAUUCCAGUCCAGAGCUCAAGGAAAGGAAAACGUCCAGCAACCCAGACCAAACCUUGAAGAAGCCUGCAAGUUCUGCAGAUCCAGCCAAGGGGAGUAGCAGCUCAGAAGACGGAAAUCUCAAUGAUUUAGACCAAAAGGUUAAGAAACCUUCGGAGCAAACCACCGAAAAAGCGACAAAUCCUGAACAGGCGGUCAAGAAUCAGGCUUCUCUUUCGCGAGAAAACAAAGAGAGAAACAGGAGUCCAUCUUGCGAAAAGAAAAGCAAAAGUAAUGAUUUUUACCUUUCACAGCAAGGGAAAGAUAAGACGGCGGAACAUAUCUCAAAGAAAUGCUCUAGUUCCGAUGCCAAUACUAAGAAACAAAAUGCGACUUCAAAUCAAGCUGGAGAGAAAAAAUCCGGAAAUACAAAUUCAGGAGAAAAGGACAAUGAAGAGAAAUAUGCAUCUGAACAAAGUCCAUCUAAGGGCCAGUCUGUUUCCGCGACAGAGCAAAAUAGAAGAAAGAAUACUACAGAUCCUGCUGAGGAGACACCCCAGAAACAGGGAAAUACAGCCGAAGACGGCUCAAAGCCUGCACCAAGGUCGGAACAAGAAAGUAAAGCCAAAGCCGCCCCCUCUGAGAAUACAGAGAAGAACCUUGCUGAUUCAACAGACACAGUGAGAAAGGCAGGACCGCCACCGACGGAAAGUAAGAAGAAUAGUCCACCUGCCUCUGAGGAAAUUGACAAGAAGACUGCCAACGUCUCUGGCGGCGUUUCUUCAAGCGAAGAAAAAGACAAAAAAUCUGGAGUUCCAGCCGGCGGCGAGAGCAAGAAAGGUGGCUCCCCGGCAGCCUCAGCCGCGAAAAAGAAAACGCCAACCUCUCCAGAGCAAGUAAGCAAAAGGAAGUGUGUAGAAAAGAAAAGUUGUACAAGCUCGAGCCCAAGCAGCAGUGCGGCAAAGAGUGCAGACCAACAGAAAAAUCAAAAGAACAUCAUCAUAACAUCAGUUGAGGUCCAUCGGGCAGACACAUACGAAGGGAAAGGAGAAGCCGAGUCUGGGGUUAGGCGACCGGAGAGGAGACAGAGUGUAAGGAGGUCAAAGGAUGAACAAGAAGGAAAGUCGGAAGAAAAGCGAGAUAAGAAUGAAAAAGUGGGCACAGAAUCACCGAAAGAUAAAAGGCGAGAUUCAAAAAGUCGCGAAGAAGAGAUGAAUAAAAUCACAGUAGAGGAUUCUUCCGAAAAGGAAAUGAAGUCACCUGCCCCGAGGAAAAUUGACGAGAAAAGGCCAAGUUCCGCCAGCAAGAGGUCUGGAGACAAGCACAUUGGCCAAGAGGCGUCAGGGAAGUUGAAGCAAGAAAAGGACAUUGUCACGCGGUCGACGAAAAGGUUAAAGUGUGAAAAGGGAACAGAAGAGAAGCAGGGCGAUCUUCCUAAAGAUGAAGAGCAAGGUAAAUCCAACGAGUCGGUCGUGGAUACACGAAAAACUUCCAGAAGAAGUAGAGAGAGCAGAGAGGACAAAGAGGAAGCCCCGGCAGAAGAGGUGGAACGGCGGGAAAUCAAGUCUCCCAGGCCAAUAACCGUGAGAAGAGAAAGGGAUUCUCUGUCUAGCAAAACAACCGAGAAGAAGGAUGACGAUUCCAAAGUGGCCAAGAGGGUAAAAACAGAAUCCGAGGAAUACAUGUCGAAACUGCGAAGGAAAUCCCACGACGGAGAAGCCUCCAGUGAUUCGAGUAGUGUUUCCGAAAACACCCGGAAAGAAGACACUGCUCUCGAGAAGAUCAGAUCCAGGAGGAGAUCCCUGAGGGACGACGACGCCGCGAAAUCGAGCGCCGAGAAGAAGAAAGAGGACGCGAAGGAGGAGAAAGCCAAGGCCCUCCAGAACCCAUCGUCUGAGCCAGCGGAAUCCCCAGCCAAAGCGAGCAAGACCAGUUCGCACUCCAGCGAGAGUUCCGACUCCAAGCACAAGCGGAAGAGCGACGACGGCGACGAAGGCCCCUCUAGCUCCAGCAAGAAGAGCAAGGACGAGGCCGAGGAGGGCAGUCGAGCGCCCAAGAAGCCCUCGGACCUCCACAGAGAAAGGUCCGGAAGCAGAGAGAGACCGGAGAGAGCUCACAGGUCACCAAGACGACUCUCCAUGUGUCAGUAGUGUAUGUUUGUUUUGCAGUCUAUAUUUUUCGGAACGAUUUCUUAUAUUUUCUAAAGUGAUCUCAUACUUUAUGUCCUUUGAGAAUAACAUUGUAAGAUAUGUUAAGUGAUAGGACCAUAGACGAAAAAAGUUAGGUUUAUUUUCUGUAGGCUUUCAUGUAAACUAUGUAGGCCACUCCCUCUCACAAAAUAUUAUAUUGUACAUAAAUGUUCAAGAAUAUUUAGAAUAUGAUUUAUUUCACGUUUGAACUUCAUGUUGUUUGAUGUUACACUGGAACAUGAUUAUAUGUAAUUUACCCAUUAUGUAUGUUAAAAAGGUGUUUUAUAUGUAUAUAACUUGGUGCAAUUUCGUAUUAGUAUCUUCAGUAAUUGGCAGUAAUUCUCCCCAGUUUCUGUAAGUUACAAAUAAAUGUACAGUGAAAAAAUAAAC